AAAGUGGAAAAUUAAAUAUAAAAAUUGAAAUUCCUCUCAGAGUCGUAGUGAGAAGUGUCGAACAAAAGUAUUCUAAAACUGUAUUUAGCACGCGCGUGUUCUCAAGUAAGUUCACACACAUUUAAAGUGAAAAAUUUCGCAUUUGUCGCACACACCAACACACGCACGCACACAUAAACGCCGGUUCUGUAAACUCACUUGAAGAAAAGAAAGAGCGAGAAGAAAAAAGUUGCCAAAUCAAAAUGGUCACCGAUCCGAAGUCCGUUGAUCCCAAGGUCAGCACCAAGGAGGUGCAGUGCCAGUCAUCGGACGGCGAGACUUCCCAGCAGGAGCCGGGCUCGCAAUUGAGCAGCCCGAAGGGCUCCCGUGUGGGGAUCUUCAAUGCCGAGGACUUCUUGUCGCGUGCUCAGAUGAACGACAAAAUCAACAACAUCUUGCGCUCGCCCACCAAGCCGUCCAACGGGGUGCGCCAGCGCUCCGUCUACACCAACAACCCAUCACCGCAGUCAAGCUUGCGUGUCGGCAUGACUGGGGGGCAGCUGUCCCAACGCACGAGCAACAUCUCGCUGUCCUCCGGGACGGACUCCGUGGGCCACAUGGAUCGCGGCAGCAGCUCCAGUCUCGCUAGCAGCGCCACCGUUGGCACCAACACCAUCACCAGCGGCAUUCCCAAGGAGUGCGCCAAUUACCCCGUCGGCAGUCAGUCGGCCCGUCCAUACGUCCAACUGCCGGGCAUACACAUUUCCAGCCCUCCCCAGUACGGGCCCGGGAAUAUGCAGGAAAUAGACGCUGGCAAAAUGGCGCACAACGGCAAGGCACUCACAGGGCGCUACAAUGCCACGCCCACCUAUGGCUUCGACAACGAUCAGAACUACUGCCUGAAUUCCCAACAGUUGCCGUCUCCAAUGCCCCCUCCACCAUACGCCUUGGCACGCGUGAGCAGCACACGCAACUUCGAGCUCGAGAACCACACACCGCCGUCAUGUCCCGGCUCUGGACCCAUUGCCAUGUCGAACGGCACCAUCCAGUUGCGCCUCCGCGAUGGCGUGCGCAUUGACAUGACUCUGGACAAGGCGGUGCGCGUGCUCAAUCAGCGCAGCAUGGUGGCAGUUGCUCUAUCACGCAACUGCAGCAACUCGGCUUUGAUCCACCCCAAUGGACGCAUCUUGCAGAGCGGCGCUAAAGUCGAAAUAGUCACCUACGACGGCAUGAAGGGCAAUAACUUUGUUCGCUAUGCCAAGAUGUGGUACAAGGGUGUGAGCUUCACCAGCGAGGCCUGCGCUCUCAUCUACCUGGUGGACACAGCCGGGACGCGCACCACAACCGACACUUUCACCGAUCUGACCAAGGACUACACCCUGGCAGUGUUCUAUGACGACUCGCGCCAUGGUCCCUCUUAUAUGGCUGAAGCCCAUGACGUGAUUGCCAAUUCAGCUUACACUUGUACCGAGGAUGGCACUGAGAUCUAUGACAUAAACGGAUUUCGCAUCACCCAGGCAGCCGAUGGCCUGGUGAAGGUCACUCGUGUGCACAACAAGUGCUUGAUUCGCACCAGUCCCGGCAAUGGAUCGGCCACUUUGACCACACCUGGCAUCCAUUGCACUGCAUCUCUGGGCAAGACCUCGCAUCUGUUUGUUCGUCGCAAUGAGAAGCGCAUGCACUUCGAUGGAUCCUGUUUCAUUGUACGCAAUGCCGGACACUCCGCAGGCUUCAAUGAGAACAACCUGCUCAUUGUCUACUGAGCGGCGUUCGUAGUCCGGAGAUAGAUACGGCGCAGUGGUAGCCCAUCCCACACGCACACACGCACACACUCACACACGUCAACACAUUUCACCUGGAACACAUACAGCAGACGCACACAGAUAGACACCUACAGCAGCACACUUGAGGGACCUUGACGUAGAGAGGGAUUCAGUUAGGAUCCCGGAAUUUAGGAAUAUCAAAAGAAUCAAAAUCAAUUUGGGAAAUAAGUUAGAAAGGCAAAUAUGUUCGUACAAAAACCAGCAUCACACCACACUACACAGACACACACCUCAGCGAAGGGAACUCAGCCCAGCACUAUCUGGGUUUCGAUUGCUCGACAUGGGCCCAACACAAGCACACCACCAACAGCCAGGGAAUACUAGUUGUAUUUCGUUUACCAUUGCCUACAUAUAUAUCAUGCCGUAUAUAUGCGUGUAUUACUAGUUGUUAUUGGAAAUCGGGAGCGAUCUCCUGCUUCCUCAAAUCAGUUGGCCAAAUCAGACCGAUCUCAAGCCGAAGCGGAACCAAUCAGGGCCGUGCCAGCGUUUCCAUUUCGGCUUUUUCGGUUCUUCUAAAUUGUUUCUUUUACGCAGUUCAGUUCUAAAUUUUGUUUGACAGACUUUAAAAAUGGCAAAACUCAAGAAAAAAAAAAUUUCAAGAAAUAUCUCCCAAAAAGAAAUUUACAAAAUUAUGCACAAUUGGUGCGUCUGAUUUAGCAACGUGUAUUCAAUAAUUAUAGUAUAUCAGAGGACUAGUUCUCUUGGGCGUUACGUUUAGCCAACGUAACGCCAGUGCCGAUACAGUAUUUCUAAGCUACCAGUUCUUUCAAUGCAAUCCAAUAAUGUUCAUCCACACCCGUCGCAUACAGACACUCGAACAUGUAACCCAAAAUCACACGCACCGCACACUCUAUACAAGAGGCAAAAGAAAGUGAAUUAUUUUCCAGUGGCACAGCGCCAGCCACGGGACACACAUGAAAGAUAGAACAGAUCCUGUGAAAGGUAGAAAGUGAGGGUUUAUUAAAUUAACCCCAAUUGUAAUUUGAUUAAAAGACACUCGUCCUGUGAGGAGGACAAUGAAAGAACCCCCCCAUACCAACACAAAACAUAGGCUUAAUAUAUACAUAAAUACGAGGGGGGAUGUCCAAUUAUAAUACAAAGUUAAGUCCAGUGUGAAAAACCGGGACUAGCCUUACGUCAAUCUCCAACACCAAAAUUUUCUAUCAUGUAAAGAGAAAUUCAUGUGCCCCAAAAUCAAUACCAUGGAAGUAUAAUAAAUUUAAAAUGCAAUCUG